AUGGCCAGUGAACUAGUACCAGAGUUGGGGUUACGACCCAGCAGCCUUGUGGACUUGGAAUAUCCAGACCUCUUUCCCACGCCGCCAGCAUAUCUUUCGGACUCCGCAGAAGUAUUGGAUAAUGCCGCCAUUCAAUCGCCUCAACAUGACCGCUCCGAGCAAAACCGUAGUUGGUUAUUCUACAUCGCCGAAAUUUCACUUCGACGCACAAUCAACGACACCAUUUGGCUGUUCUACCACAAAGGUGAGGAAUAUUGGCUCGAAAACAUCGGCCUGCUAGUCCGACAGCAUUCCGAGUCUGAUUCGCAGAUUGGCUUGUGGUAUUCUCAUCUGCCAGAUGCGAUCCGAUUCGAUCCCAUACAUGUGCCAGAAACCGAGUUUUCGUUUCAUCUACAAACCCGCUUUCUUGAAUGGAGGGAAUAUACCCUCCGUCCACUCCUAUACGUCUAUCUCCAUCAUCCUCAGAAUCUGCCAUUGCGAGUUCUCGAGCUUAGUCAGGAGGCAUUGAAUAUUUCGCGCGACAUCAUCCUCCAAGCCAUCCAUCACCAUAGACAUGGUGGCUCGUGGUUCGUGUUAAGAAGAUCAUUCUCCUGCGCAUUGUUGAUUCUUGCUGUCGUCGUCAAAGCUGGUGAGGUUCGACCGCCGGAGAAUUGGCCUCAACUAAUCCGAGUAGCACUAAGCACCCUACUAAAGUGGGAAUCUGAAGCUCGAGAUGUGUUUCUUAUGAGGAAAGUCCUGGAAAACACGUUUGCCACCAUCUGCAAGCGAGAAGGCCUGGCCAUUAACAGCCCCAGCUAA